AUGGCUGCCGUCAAACCCUCUAAAAUAGACAAAUUUAAUGGUUCUGUAUUAUCCAGAGACCCUGCAUUAGCUCAUUAUCUUUGCUUUGAAGACUUUUUAGAAUGUUCUGAAGAAAAUGUUAAUCCUCAAUCAGCUGCAGAACUUAACAGAUAUCUUACAUUGUUUAAACAGACAUUAAACGGACCUGCAAGACUGUGGAUUGAAGGUUGUGUAUUCAAUAGUAGAAGAGACAUUAAAAAGCAAUUCUUAGAUCGAUUUUCUGAAAACAAGUCUUCCUUUGGAUUGAAUAAUGAUUUCACGUCAUUUCAGUACAACACAGACAAGACACCUACAGAUAAUUAUGAAAAAUUACAAAAACUUGCAAUACAACUCAGUAUAGGUGACGGACCUGCCAGACAGAAAUUUCUAAGUAUAUUACCUAAAGCAUGUCAACAAGUAGUCGCAUUGUCAGUUAAUGAUACAACACCAAUAACAGAAAUUCUUAAUAAAGUUCAAUGUUUUUUUGAUGUUCAUGCUAAUAAUGCAACACACAAAGAAGUUACAUUUUAUGCUUCAAAUGACAUACAUACAUUACAAAAUGAAAUGUCAAAUCUAAAAUUACAACUUGCUAGUUGUAAACAAGAAAAUGACGAUAUUCCUCAAUCAAAACACGCAUAUGAAAGAAGUAGAUCUCCAAGUGCACAUCAAUCUUCUUUGGGUAAUAAAUCACCUUAUGGUAAUCGUUCUCCAUACCGGUCUAAUUCUGAUAGGUCUCCUACAUGUUCUGACAGUAAUGGUAGACAUGGACAUGUUAUCUUUUGUAAGUAUUGCUUAAAGCCUUAUCAAGAUUGGCAAGAUUGUCGACUUAGACAACAGCAUUUACAAGACAGAGAUUUGGAUUUUCAAAACAACCUGCAUGGUUUCCCUUCUAAUAACAGUACUUAUACGGUUAGUUUACCAGUAACCACUAGAACAACUGGUAAAGUACAGUUGAAUAGCCUUAACUAUUGUAAGGGUCAUUUUCCAGAUUCAACUUCUGCUAUAGUUCUAAUUGACAGUGGAUCACCAACUACUCUACUUUCGUCCCUUAGCUUUAACAAUUCACAUUAUCUUCGUGGUUUACAAUGCCAACCAUUUCCCAAACCAUUCAACUUAAAUUUAGGUAAUGGUGAAACAAUAACUAGCACAAAGUCAGUUAGUAUAAGUAUCACUAUUCAAGACCAGACAUUUAUCAUUACUGCUUGUGUUGUUAAUAAUUUGGUAGGACUUAUAACACAGAUUGCGUACCACCCAAGAUUAAUUUUAAAACAACAGCUAAUUCAUACGUGA